AUGAUGAUAUGGGUGGGGGAGUAUGGGGGGGGGGGUUGGGGGGGGGGUUGGUUGGUGGAUGUUAGGGAUUGGUGGUUUGGGGGGGGAAUAUUUAGAUACAGCGCAGUAACGAUGGCGCCCAGACUUAGCCUGGUCCUGAUGCUGAUGCUGGUUGUCGUGGUGACGGCUCAGAGGCGCGGAGGGGGCGGAGCCAAGGCCAACUCGCGGACCACCACCACGACCACAACGGACGAGUGGGACUACCGAGCCGGCUCUGAUAAGGUGAACAUGAAGAACGUGGCCAAUCUGACCGAGGUCCUGGACAACUGGAAGUAUGACAUCAUCAACCAGAUGAAGAACCAGCUGACCAACGACCAUCAGAGCCUGCUCCCGGACUAUGCAAGGAUCCAGCCUCUGUCUGAGGCUCUGGACGAUUUGUACAAAGAGUUCAACGCUCUGAAAGCUCAUCUGGGGGAACUCACCGAGAAGUUCACCGCUGUGGAGACCUUCAUAGACGAGCUGAAGACAAAAGGGACCCAGACCCAGACCCAGAACCCGAACCCAGCCUCCGUCCCGGCCUCUAACCCAGGAGCCAGACCUAACAGGAGGCUGGUCCGCAAGAAACCAGCAACAACCACUGAAUAA